UCCCCGUGUCCCACUAAAGCGAUUUCAGCGCAUGCAGCCAGGGACUCGUCCCUGCGGCUACGGAUGGCAACAUGGCGACAGAGUUCCACAAUCUGCAGGAGUUGAGGCACAGUGCGUCUCUGGCGAAUAAAGUUUUCAUCCAGAGAGACUACAGUGAAGGAACCACCUGCAAGUUUCAGACCAAGUUCCCCUCUGAGCUGGAGAGCCGGAUUGAGCGGACCCUGUUUGAGGACACCGUGAAGACGCUGAACAACUACUACGCAGAGGCUGAGAAGAUCGGAGGCCAGUCUUACCUGGAGGGGUGUCUGGCCUGCGCUACAGCAUAUCUUAUCUUCCUCUGCAUGGAGACACGCUAUGAGAAGGUGUUGAAGAAGAUAGCAAAGUAUAUCCAGGAGCAGAAUGAGAAGAUCUAUGCCCCCAGAGGGCUGCUCAUCACAGAUCCAAUAGAGAGGGGAAUGCGUGUUAUAGAGAUCUCCAUCUAUGAAGACCGGGGCUCCAGUGGCUCCAGCUCAGGGAGCAGCUCCGUGUCCGGCAGCACUGCUCGAUGACCGGGUACUUCCUGACCACCAAGUCCGCCUGAUCACACACAAACUCUGGAGGAGAACUUAGGACAAUAACACAACACCCGUUCCAACACUUCACCCACUCAUCCCAAAGCUACGCUCACACAAAGGAUUCACUAACUUUAUACAAUGAUAGGCAUUUAAAUCCUCACGUGCCAACACAUGCAAAAAAAAAUGUUCCAAGCUUUUUUUCACAACAUCCGCUUAAAACACACUUUUGUUGUUUUUCUUGCAAAGCAGUGUGAAUGUGCUUAAUGUCAGACGCCUCGGUUAAAAGACAAAAAAAUGUCACUUUUCUUGUAAACUUUGUGUGAUUGUACCUUCCCUCCACCUCGUCACCCCCUUCUUGAAGUUACCAGGGGAGAGAAAGGUGGAGGGAUGAGGGAGGUAGGAAGUGUUGGGGCAGGAGAACGGACCACAAACCUCACCAAACCUCAUACCUCAGCCUCCACUGCUGCACCAUGCUGUCCUCAGCCCGGCUCAGACCACAACAGACCAACAAAGUACCUGGACUGAACUCGUCACCGCCCGCUUCGCACAACAGGCACUGGCUUUCCAUUUUUAUCUGUUGCUCCUCCCGAGUGUCUAGCUUUUAGGAAAUGUAGACUGUAUUAUAGUAGCACAUCAGCCAUUUCCCCCUCCCCUGAACACCCAUAAUCUGUAAGAAGAAACCUCCUCCUGCCUUUUCUGCUGGUUAAUAUCGUACCAUGUUGUAGCAGAUGAAUGUCAUUCAGCCUGUCCAUGUAUAUAAUGUAGCAGAUCUUUCCUUUUCUUACAUUAAGCCACUUAUUUAAUUUGUUGGACAUUCAAACACGCCAAUCGAAUCCUCUUGGUUUCAAUGAACGAGACCAACUCUUCCUAAAUUGUGAUUAUGCAAAGACAUACUGCGCAUUGAAAGCAGUUGUUGGUAGACGAAGGACGGGUGUCAAAAAGUCUUCCUGAACCAUACCUUUAAUGUUUCAAAAUGUACCGACCCUUCCUUGUGUUCUGAACAAGCUUCCAAAGAACAACUACUGCCAAACACUGGCCCAGAAACGUCAAUGUGUCUCUGAUUUUGGUGACAUUUUGUGCAGGAAUAAACUUUCGUACUGCUUACUGUUAGAUACAUGUGGCAAUGAGGUACAUGUUUGACUGGUGUCAAAUAAAAACAGUUUCAUCACA